AUGCUGCCUACCGAGCAAGGCAAGUGCCACAAGUCUGGCCCCUUGUCGAGUAUUAACAAUCCGGGUCUGGCACGCCUUGGAGUGCCUGUGCGCUGAUUUGGUUCAUCCAACGAACGGAUUGUUUGGCAAGUAUUUCUUUGUCUCUGGCUCGGCCCAUGGUCUCGACGCUCGACACUGACACGCCAUCAUCCCACCGGUCGCCCGCGGCAUGCUGUGCCUGCUGGUUCCCACCUGCUAUGCAAUCUUCGUGCUGCUGCCCGCCGUCUCGCAUCCGUCUCUCUGCCUUCGUGCUUUUAAGACGGAAAUCGAGACAACACCGAGGCGGACGGGGAACGGCUCGGGGUCAGGCAGUGUCUCCCAAGUCAUAUGGACGAUACGCAUUUGAAGCAUUCUCCUGUGUACAGGGAACAAGCUGGGAGGGGAACCAGUCAACGGGCACCCGCGUCCUUCUUUCAAUGCUUUCAUCCAUUCAUGACUCCGGUACUUCACAGCAUGGCCCGGCCUUCAUAUCACCUCGCAUCAUGCCGUCCUCUAUGGUUUCCGACCAUUGUUCCGACUACCAUAUGAGAUCCAAGCUCGUCGCUUGCCUUUUAGCCGUUUAUCUUCAACGCUAUCCGCCGUCGCUGCCAAGGGUCGUGUGUGACCAAGAACGGGUAUCGCCGACGCAGAGGAAACAACCCCAACCCCCCCCCCUGUUCGUGCUCGAUAUUUGCCGUUGACGACGGGAAAUAAGUCUUGACGGGUAAUCGGACCAUUUCUUGAUAGGCCUUGCAAUGACUGUGGUUUUCCCUGACUGUCAUA